GAUGGCCUUGAGAUAGAAGCUGGUUUUCAGUCUCUCGGUCCCUGCUUUGAUGCAUCUGUACUGACCUCGCCUUCUGGAUGAUAGCGGGGUGAACAGGCAGUGGCUUGGGUGGUUGUUGUCCUUGAUGAUCUUUAUGGCCUUCCUGUGACAUCGGGUGGUGUAGGUGUCCUGGAGGGCAGGUAGUUUUCCCCCGGUGAUGCGUUGUGCAGACCUCACUACCCUCUGGAGAGCCUUAAGGUUGUGGGCGGAGCAGUUGCCGUACCAGGCGGUGAUACAGCCCGACAGGAUGCUCUCGAUUGUGCAUCUGUAGAAGUUUGUGAGUGCUUUUGGUGACAAGCCGAAUUUCUUCAGCCUCCUGAGGUUGAAGAGGCGCUGCUGCGCCUUCUUCACAACGCUGUCUGUGUGGGUGGACCAAUUCAGUUUGUCCGUGAUGUGUACACCGAGGAACUUAAAACUUUCCACCUUCUCCACUACUGACCCGUCGAUGUGGAUAGGGGGGUUACCCCCUAUCGAUGUGGAUAGAGGGGGUAAAGAGGCCUUUCUACUGACUCUGAAAAACACCAAAAGAAAGAUGCCCAGGGUCCCUGCUCAUCUGUGUGAACGUGCCUUAGGCAUGCUGCAAGGAGGCAUGAGGACUGCAGAUGUGGCCAGGGCAAUAAAUUGCAAUGUCUGUACUGUGAGACGCCUAAGACAGCGCUACAGGGAGACAGGACGGACAGCUGAUCGUCCUCGCAGUGGCAGACCUCGUGUAACAACACCUGCACAGGAUCGGUACAUCCAAACAUCACACCUGCGGGACAGGUACAGGAUGGCAACAACAACUGCCCGAGUUACACCAGGAACGCACAAUCCCUCCAUCAGUGCUCAGACUGUCCGCAAUAGGCUGAGAGAGGCUGGACUGAGGGCUUGUAGGCCUGUUGUAAGGAAACCGGCAACAACGUCGCCAAUGGGCACAAACCCACCAUCGCUGGCCCAGACAGGACUGUCAAAAAGUGCUCUUCACUGACGAGUCAUGGUUUUGUUUCACCAGGGUUGAUGGUCGGAUUCGCGUUUAUCGUCGAAGGAAUGAGCGUUACACCGAUGCCUGUACUCUGGAGCGUGAUCGAUUUGGAGGUGGAGGGUCUGUCAUGGUCUUGGGCGGUGUGUCACUGCAUUAUCGGACUGAGCUUGUUGUUAUUCCAGGCAGUGUCAACGCUGUGCGUUACAGGGAAGAAAACCUCCUCCCUCAUGUGGUACCCUUCCUGCAGGCUUAUCCUGACAUGACCCUCCAGCAUGACAAUGCCACCAGCCAUACUGCUCGUUCUGUGCGAGAUUUCCUGCAAGACAGGAAUGUCCGUGUUCUGCCAUGGCCAGCGAAGAGCUCGUAUCUCAAUCCCAUUGAGCACGUCUGGGACCUGUUGGAUCGGCGGGUGAGGGCUAGGGCCAUCCCCUCCAGAAAUGUCCUGGAACUUGCAGGUGCCUUGGUGGAAGAGUGGGGUAACAUCUCACAGCAAGAACUGGCAAAUCUGGUGCAGUCCAUGAGGAGGAGAUGCACUGCAGUACUUAAUGCAGCUGGUGGCCACACCAGAUACUGACUGUUACUUUUGAUUUUGAACCCCCCCCUUUGUUCAGGGACACAUUAUUCCAUUUCUGUUAGCCACAUGUUCAGUUUAUGUCUCAGUUGUUCAAUCUUGUAUGUUCAUACAAUUAUUUACACAUGUAUCAUAUAAUAUAAUUUCAUGAAAUCAGAAGUACAAUACAGCAAAUGAAAGAUAAACAUCUUGUGAAUCCAGCCAUCAUUUCCGAUUUUUAAAAUGUUUUACAGCGAAAACACUAUGUAUUCAUAUUAGCUCACCACAAUAGCCAAACACACAACGCUAUUUAUUCACCGCCAAGGUAGCUUUCACAUAACCCAGAAAUAGAGAAAAAAUUAAUCACUAACCUUUGGACAACUUCAUCAGAUGACAGUCUUAUAACAUCAUGUUAUACAAUACAUUUAUGUUUUGUUCGAAAAUGUGCAUAUUUAGAGCUACAAAUCUGGGUUUUACAACGCAGCCAUCGUCACAAAUAGCACCAAAAUGUCCAGAGAUAUUUUGGACAGUCACCUAAUCUAACCAAAGAACUCAUCAUAAACUUUACUAAAAAAUACAUGUUGUACAGCAAAUGAAAGAUACACUGGUCCUUAAUGCAACCGCUGUGUUAGAUUUUUAAAAAUAACUUUAGUACAACAUACAGCAUGCAAUAUUGUGAGACAGCGCCCUACAAUUCUCCGCCUUGUUGGAACCAACAUAAAAUACAAAAAUACGAAAUAACAUCAUAAAUAUUCUCUUACUUUUGAUGUUCUUCCAUCAGAAUGUUGUGCAAGGAGUCCUAGUUCCAGAAUAAAUUGUUGUUUGUUUUUAGAAUGUCCAUUUCUUCUGUCGAAUUAGCAACUUUGGCUAGCCAUGUGGAGCUCACGUGUCCAAGAAAUGUUUGCGCCUGGAAUGAAAAAUUCCAAAAGUCCCAAUAAACGUUGAAUAAACUGGUCAAACUCGGUUGAAAAAUCCUACUUUAUGAUGUUUUUCUCAUAUGUAUCCAAUAAAAUCAGAGCCGGAGCAUUUUGUCGUGUAAACCGAACGCAUUUCAGAAGACAGUGAGGUUCCCUUGUGCACAGCUGACUACUGACAAAAGAGCGGACCUGUUACUCCAAAAGCUCUCAUUCGGCCUCACAUCAAGCUAGACACCCAUUCAACCUUCUACUGCCUGUUGACAUCUAGUGGAAGGCGUAUGAAGUGCAUACAGAUCCAUAAAUAUAAGCCAGUUGAAUAGGCAGGCCCUGACACAGAGCCCCUUUUUCAGAAUGUUCACUUCCUGUCUGGAAGUUUGCUGCCAAAUUAGUUGUUUUACUCACAGAUAUAAUUCAAACAGUUUUAGAAACUUCAGAGUGUUUUCUAUCCAAUAGUAAUAAUAAUAUGCAUAUUGUAUGAUCUAGAACAGAGUACGAAGCCGUUUAAUUUGGGCAUGAUUUUUUCCCAAAGUAAAAACAGCGCCCCCCCUAUUAAGAAGAAGUUAAGUUUGCUGAAAAUAAAUAUAGUUGACAGUGAGAGGAUGUUUCUUUUUUUGCUGAGUUUAUGUGAACCCUUGGUUUUAAUAAAUGGUUGACCCUACUUUGGCAGCAAUAACCUCAACGUUUUCUGUAGUUGCAGAUCAGACCUGCGCAACGGUCAGGAGGAAUUUUAUACCAUUCCUCUUUACAAAACUGUUGCAGUUUAGCAAUAUUCUUGGGAUGUCUGGUGUGAACCUCUCUCUUGAGGCCCUGCCACAGCAUCUCAAUCGGGUUGAGGUCAGUACUCUGACUGGGCCACUACAGAAGGCAUAUUUUCUUCUGUUGUAGCCAUUCUGUUGUUGAUUUACUUCGGUGUUUUGGGUCGUUGUCCUGUUGCAUCACCCAACUUCUGUUGAGCUUCAAUUGGCGAACAACCUUAAAUUCUCCAACAAAAUGUCUUGAUUAACUUGGCAAUACAUUUUUCCAUUGAUGAUAGCUAGCUGUCCAGACCCAGAGGCAGCAAAGCAGCUCCAAACCAUGAUAUGAUGCUCCCUUCACCAUACUUUACAGUUGGGAUGAGGUUUUGAUAUUGGUGUGCUGUGCUUUUGUUUUCUCCACACAGUGUUGUGUGUUCCUUUCAAAAAACUCAACUUUAGUUUCAUCUCCACAGAAUAUUUUGCCAGUAGCGCUGUGGAACAUCCAGAUGCUCUUUUGCAAACUUCAAACGUGCAGCAAUGUUUUUAUUUGGACAGUCGGUGGCUUCUUCCGUGGUGUCCUCCCAUGAACACCAUUCUUGUUUAGUGUUUUACGUAUCGUAGACUCGUCAACAGAGAUGUUAGGAUGUUCCAGAGAUUUCUUUAAGUCUUCAGCUAACACUCUAAGAUUCUGCUUAACCUCAUUGAGCAUUCUGCGCUGUGCUCUUGCAGUCAUCUUUGCAGGACGGCCACUCCUAGGGAGAGUAGGAACAGCGCUGAACUUUCUACAUUUAUCUACAGUUUGUGUAACCGUGGAGUGAUGAACAUCAAGGCUUUUAGAGAUACUUUUGUAACCCUUUCCAGCUUUAUGCAAGUCAACAAUUCUUAAUCUUGGGUCUUCUGAGAUCUCUUUUGUUUAAAGCAUGGUUCACAUCAGACAAUGCUUCUUGUGAAUAGCAAACUCAAAUUUUGUGAGUUUUUUUAGGGCAGGCAGCUCUAACCAACAUCUCCAAUCUCGUCUCAAUGAUUGUACUCCAGGUUAGCUGACUCCAAUUAGCUUUUGGAGAAGUCAUUAGCCUCGGGGUUCACAUACUUUUUUCAACUUACACUGAAUGUUUAAAUGAUGUAUUCAGUAGAGACAAGAGAAAUACAAUAAUUUGUGUGCUAUUAGUUUAAGCAGAAUGUGUUAAUCUGUUGUUGUGACUUAGAUGAAGAUUAAAUCUAAUUUUAUGACCAAUUCAUGCAGAAAUUCAGAUAAUUCCAAUAGGGUUCAUAUACUUUGUCUUGCCACUGUAUUUGGAUGAUAUGAUGUAAUAUGCGAUUGCCACUUUGGUAAAUGUAAAAAGUCUAGAUGAGGAAGAUGAUUAAGUUGCAACAAUGGAGACCACACAUUUGAUAUAGAAUAAUUGCAACAACAAAAAAUGAAAGGUAUACUUGUUAUAUUUACUUUAAAAAUAUUUUGGAUAUGGAUUAACAUGUGUUUUGAUUUCCAACAUACUGUAAAUCUUAAUCAAUUCCGUUGAUGUACCUUUCUGUUUUCAUUAAUACAGAUUACUGUUAGGGACUUGCUGCUCAUGAUUGGGCACAUAACUAGCUCAGUAUUAGAGGAGGUAAAUAGCAUCCUGAUCCCUGCCUUGGUUGACCUUAUAAGGCUGAGAGCUUCAGAAAGUGAUGCAGAGAGUAUGCUCUCCAUCAGCAAAGACACCAACGAAGAUUCAACCCAGGGCUCUGUCAGCUGUACCUCCCUACUCUCCAAAGUCAAUGUGAUCUGUCUCACUCAGAGUCCUGACAGUAGGUCCUCCCCAAUCUCCAUUGAUGAACCAGUCACUGCUGUCCAGACUUAUUGUAGCAGCAGUUCUCUGUCCAGUGAGGAACGAGCACACUCUUCCUCCAGUCAGAUCUCUACUAAGAACCUCCUGGCUACUUGGCCACGUUCUACCAGGCCCCAAUCUGCCAAACCGUCACCUGCUAAACCGUCACCUGCUAAACCGUCACCUGCUAAACCGUCACCUGCUAAACCGUCACCUGCUAAACCACCAUCUGCUAAACCACCAUCUGCUAAACAACCACCUACUAAACCACCACCUGCUAAACUACGAUCUGCUAAACCACAAUCUGCUAAACCACAAUCUGCUAAACCACUACUUUCUAAAUUACAAUCUGCUAAACCACCUUCUGCCACUGACUACUCUGGAACCUUAUCUGCUGUGCAAAGAGACCAACACCAACCUCCCCUCCAGCAGCCGCCCCUCCUCGUGCUCUAUCAAGCUUUUAGACAGAAGGAGUGACAUUCCUUGCUCCCUGGCUGUGAGCUCUAUUUCAACUGUUCCUGGACCUGACUCUAGCAGCAGCCCUAUGCGGGAGAAUCAAUAUGCUACUGAGGUCUCGUCGAUCUGCCUCAGCCAAGAUAGAAAUGGCCAAGGAGGGAGUGUGACACCUCCAGCCCCUUUGGAUGUUUCCCUCCCCUCCAUUAUUGAGCGGGCUGGCGGACUUGUAUGUUCCGUCAUCUCCCAGUCUUUAGCAAUUGUGGAGGCGCAGACAAGUGUGAAUGGUGAGAAGGGCUCUCCAUCUCCCACCACAGUCUCCCAUUCUCCUACAAGGGUGUUUGUCAGCCACUUAAGGAGUAGCCCACUAGGCGAGGACCUUGUAGAUUCAACACUUGCGGAUGUUAUCUCUGUCCUGAAAAUGGAGGGAAUUUUUUCCUCCUCUCCGACUUUGGACGAGGAGCUGCUUGAUCUCUCCUCCAGUUGUUCUUCAUCAUCCAGCGAAACACUGCAAUGUGUGUCUGUUGGCCCUCUUGGCAGUGGGUCGGAGACGUCCUUCAAACUUCUUGGGGGUCGUACUCUGAGUAUUGCCACCCCAACGGCCCAUGUUAUCACAGAGGACUUAGAAGUCUACAGUGAUGAGAUCAUUGACGAAAUCCUUAUUAUAAUGAGGACCAAAAAAGAUGAUGACAGUGGAAGUGACGUCUCUGGUGCAUCAACACCAUGCAGCACACCAGCACCACAGAGCCGGUCCUCUUCUGCACUGAGGGGAGUGCUUCCCCAUGACAGGAGGAUACUCAGCACAACACUGCUUGGAAUCCAGAACACACUAGACAGUGAAAGCCUCUCAGGAGAGUGCUCCAUCUCACCACAGGACAAUGCCAGAGUCCUGGAGAUGAUAAAGUUGCUGCAGAGGCGCCUUGAUGGGACACCCUCAGAGUCCUCCAUCCAUAUCACAGAUGUGGCUGCACGCUUGGGCUUUCCUCUCCCGGUAUCUCUCCAUGCUCAUCAGUCGUGUGUAUUUGCCACUGACAAAGACCUGAAGGCAGAAAGAGUGAAGGGAGUCUUUGAAAGCCUGAGAUCCCAGUUUAUGAGCUACUCCAUCAAGCCUGUGAGUAACAUCAUUACCAGGUCAACAACAAAGAUGGCUGCCUCCAAUCAGGUUAGUUUAGAGACACUCCAGGCAGCAUCAGCAAAAUCAUCUGCUGUGGCUCAGAACCUUAUUAGUUCGGUUUUAUUUCAAGUUGCCAAGGUGUCCUGCUCUGAUGACUUAGAGGGUCUGGGUGAUCAUCUCAGAUGCCCCUCAACUUUGACCAGAGUUCUGACACCUUUGACCUCAGAGAAAGCUACACUGACACCUGCUGUUCUGAAGAUCAGAAGGGAGAUGUGUAAGGAAGUGGCCACUGAACUCCAGAGUUUCUUGAUCAAGGAAUCCCUUACUGGCACCCAGACACCAUCCAAUGGACAUGCUUGCACUUCUGCUUCUGCCCCAAGGGAAGCUGUGCGGGACAUCCUGAGGAAAACCAAAGAGGAGGCUUCCAACAAAAGCCUGAAUAAUAUUUUCUCUGUUAAUUUGGAUGAGCGGCUCACAGACUCCAUUGCUGAUGCCUUAUAUCCAAAGCUGCAUGACACAUUGGAGUCCAAGAGAGAGAUGCAGGCUUCUUAUUACAGCUCCCAGAUCAGCUGUAGCCUCAGCCCCUUCGAAGUUGAGAGCAGCCUAGAGCUCCAGGAGUUCACUGACCCACUAUCUGAGUCAGUAUUGUGUCUCCUGGAUAGGACAUUUGGAGAUAAAGCUCAGAACUUAAAGACAGGCGGGGGUGUUUUACAAUAUGUCACAGACCCAACCUAUAACAAGCUUUUGAUUGGACCCCACACCAACAAUGUCAAUGUGGUUGUACACACGAUUGCAGUAGAGGAGUUGCCUGUUGAGGGUUGUAUUGCGCAAAGUGAGGCCAUUCAUGGCCUUCACAAGAAGCAAGAGUUACCUUCCAGCACCAGUGACAGAGGGAAUGAGACCCCGAGCCCUACUAAUUGCCUGCUGGAGGGUGUAGUGGGCAAACUGAUACGGAAGAUGCUAUUUCAGGGCCUUGACAUCCCUGAGGUACCCAUGAACGACAGCCGCUCUGAGAGCUUUAAGCCACAGUAUGAACUGGUUGCGAAGCUUUGUCCUCUGAUGGUAAGGACAAUCAUGGCUACAACCAUAGCCAAUCAACCACCUACUAUUCAAGAAGCAGUGAUGUCUUCCGAGAACAUCCAUGUGAAAGAGCUGUGUGAGGCAGGUAUCAAACCUCUCAAAGAGAACCAUGUACCCGAUGACUCUGAGACAAACAUCAUGGUCAGAAGGGCUUUGAGUGAAAUUGAAUCCUGUAUGAUUGAGACCUCCGCCAACGACUCUCCCAGUCUACAUUCCACACCAGAGGUGGUUGUAGACCUGAUCACCAAGCUGCUUCAUGGGUAUGAACUUCCCUCAGAGGACUUUGCAUCACCUGUGUCAUCCCCAACCACCACUCUCUCUGAUGUGGCAAUGGACAUGGUGGUUUCUGUCCUUCGGGACCUGUCCGAUUCCCCAGACGUUACCUCCGCAUUGGAAAUGACCAAGGAUCUCAAGACGCCGUACUCCCGCCCCUCAAGUGCAAGGAUUGUAAGUGCCCUCUGCAGAGAGCUGGAGGAGCACAUGGGCUCUCCUGAUGCUCUGAGGCGAGCUUUGAGGCGCGGCAGUGGGGAGAUGACAACAGCCAUUGCGAGUGCAGUCACCAGGGAAGUCAACCGUCUGGGUUCAAUCGUACCUAAAGUCUCUGUCCGGCCGCUCUCCUCAGACAUCUGCCUAAGGACAGACCAGGACAAGGUCACGGUUAAGAGCCGAUGUGGCUCGGCUGAGGUGACGACAUCCCAACCGGUGUAUAUUAUUGUUCACGUAGAGGCGGUGAUGGAUAUCAUUGUCCGGCUGCGCGCUCUGAUUGUUCCUCGGACCCAGGAUAAACUGGCCAGCUGGACCCUAGUUGAGGAUGUGACCAACAAGCUGUCCAGUGCUCUGUGGGUGAGGGUGACUAACAGGUGGAGGGAAGCAAAUGUCUGCCUGAAGGCAACAGACAUCUUUCAGUUGGUGCUGUCUGUGCAUAGAAAGUUGAUGCAACGCUAUGGCACAGAGGAAGCCCUACAGAAGAUACUGUGCCACAAGGCACCCAAGCUGCACAAGGACAUUGUCUGUCUUGUCACAAACGGAAUUAUGGAUGCACCAUCCAAACUUCAAGGCACCAAAAAUCUGGAAUCUACACUCAACUUGAAAGAAUUGACAGCCUUGUUUAAUGAAAUGACAACCCGUCAAUCUUUGAAUAAGAAAGCUGAGCAGAGCAGCAUCAAGACUGAGAUUGAACAGCCGGAGUGGUCCACUGUGGAUCAAGUGACAUCCGGUUCCAGCAGCUUCAUUAGGGAGCUUAUAUUAGAAGAAGUCCUGAUGAAGCUUGUCAAGAAGAUAUGCCGUAUGCCAAAAAGGACCAACAAACAUCAGCGCAUCCAGAUCAGUGAUCUGGUGACUGAGCUGAUCCGAUUGUUCGAUGAUGAGGUGGCCAAAUAUCUGAUUGAGGAAAUGGGAAGCCAGCAAAAAAGCUUCAAUUCUAAGAUGACAUCGAAGCUGGCAGAUGCCAUCUACACUGACCUUGGGAAGGUCAAGCGUUUGAAACGCUCCUUGAAAAUUGACGAUUUAUUUGAGGAUCAGGAGAUGCUUUCCUUUGUCUCUGACAUUGUUUCCCACAAGCUACUGGCCAUCUUCAAACCCUCAGUGCCCAACCCAUAUGACCACGAGACCUCAGACCUUGAAGACUCAUGCAGGGAUGAUGUGGAGGAUGCGGAAUCUGAGGGGGUGCAUUAUGCCACCGGCAGAAAGUCCAAGAUGAGCAUUGUCCUUAAAGACACUACAGACCAGCCAGAGAUGUACAUUGCUGUGGAUUCUCCACCUAUGAUUAAAUUAUCCAAGAUGAGGAAAGGCAUCCGGGGCUUCUUCUGGGGAGUCCAGAAGGCCUGGAAACGCUUGGUCACCUGCAAGUCCUCUGGGUCCUCUGAUGGGUAGCCUGGAUGACGUGCAGCCCAUGUCAGUUGCUUUUGCCAGGCUACAUCUGAGGAGAACACCACAACUGGCCUCAAUACAACAUUUUUAUUUUUGUUGUUCAUUUCUGUUUUCAUUUUGAGUCCCCUAAUGCUGCUCUAUUUGAACCAGGCUGUCAGUGGACUAGCUUACCAUUAGUUUAUACUCCUUAAGGAAGAUCCACUAUAGGCUACUCAACACCAAAAUUCCAUCUGGGUCUUUUGAUCCCUUAUUAGCUCCCACUCCUGUAACUAGGAAUGUGAGCUUCUAAAUGUCAUUCAGACAUCUACAGCUUCUCCUGUGAUUAGGAAGAUAAGCUAAGAAGCCCAACCAAUUGACUAGAUGUGCUGUACAUCUGAUGCUCUCUCCCUAUUGUAAUCAUUGAUCCACGUCCAUUGCAGCCUCUACAUUUGAUGUAGAUAUUUAGCCUAAAUUAAAGAAUUACAAGGAGGGUAGGCCGACAGCAGCUUCUACUCUUACGAUUAGGAAAGUGGUGCUAAACUUUUUGGGAUUUGAGGAACUAUGUAUUUUAUUUUUCAAUCACUUACAUACUUUUUAAUGGAUGUUUUAAUAAACCAUUUGUAUUGCA